AUGAGCAUCUACUCAAGAUCCGUCUCACUAAUCAGGUGUUACUCCUCAUCCCAGGCAGCAACGAAGAAACCCUUCCAAGGUCCACUAUUUCUUAAUCCACAUGCUUGGAAAGGAUUGCCAGCCGACCAGGUGUUUGAAUUACAUAAAAUCAGAAAGGAAUAUAUGGGAGAUGCAUACAAUCCAACCGAUGAAGAGAGAACAGCAAUAUUGUCAACAAUAUCAUCAUUGGUUCCCAAUAAACCUCCCUUAGAUUAUGCUUUUGAAAUUGAGCAUUUCAAGGAAAGGUUAAUGAAUAACACUCCUAUGCAAGAUAGAGGAAAACCUCAAAAGUUGAGCAAUCAAUAUGUGGUCAAUUCUGGUGCAGUUCCUCAUCAAAGAAGAAGAAUAGAACAAUUAACGAGAAAAAUUGCUUAUGAAGCUCCAUUAUUGGCAAAAUAUAGACAACCAUACACACCACGACCAAGAACAGAGGCACCAAUCAGAUUGACUUACAAUUCCGAUUUUACAGAUGAUACUUCAAGCCCACAUAAUAGAAGGGUCACUUUAAAAGUGAGUUUACGUGAUUUGAACUUGGACCCAAAGCAACAACAUAAGUUUAAAGUAUUGGCAGGAGACAAGUUUAAUUAUGACGAAAACACAUUCCAGUUGAAAAGUGAAAGAUAUCCAGAAGCUGCACAAAAUGUGAAUUGGUUGGUUGACACUUUUAAUAAGCUACUCACAGAAGCCAAAGAUUUAUCCAAGGAUGACUACAGUGAUAUACCAUUGUCAAAGAGUCAUAUGAAAAUCUUGGUAAAGAAAGCUGCACCAUCCUUUCCAGAACAUUGGAAGAAGCCAGAGGAUGCACCAAUUAAAAGACACGAAAUUGUAAAGAAAUUAGUUGCUACUACUGAGAGAGCAAAGGAUAACGAAUAUAUCAAAAAGAUUUCUCCGUAA